UGCGGUUAAGAAGGAAUCCAUCCAUGGCUUUAGCCAGCCGAUGCCGGCUCCGAGGUCGCAGGAUCCAAAGCGAAGCGGAGUGCGGGAAAAUAAUGUCGUCCCGCUCGGACAGUGGGAGUGGGGAGGACUCGUUGGACCGGCUGCUGCCUCCAGCCGGGGCCCCUCGCAGGAAGAGCACCACCUCUCUGAGCAAAACAGAACCUCCUCUGCUGCGUACAGGCACUCGCACCAUCUACACCGCCGGCCGACCUCCCUGGUAUGACGAGCACGGAGCCCAGUCGAAAGAGGCCUUUGUCAUCGGGUUGUGUGGGGGCAGCGCCUCAGGGAAGACCACCGUGGCCAAUAAGAUCAUCGAGGCUCUGGAUGUGCCGUGGGUUGUGCUCUUGUCUAUGGAUUCUUUCUACAAGGUUUUAUCCGCCGAGGAGCAGGCCCUGGCAGCAAAGAACGACUACAACUUCGACCAUCCGGGGGCCUUUGACUUUGAGCUGCUGGUCGCCACACUGCGGAAACUAAAACAGGGCAAAAGUGUGAAGAUCCCAGUGUAUGACUUCACCACACACAGGAGACAGAAAGACUGGAAAAAUGUGUACGGUGCCAGUGUAAUCAUUUUUGAAGGCAUUAUGUCCUUUGCGGACAAAGAGCUGCUUCAGCUCCUGGAUAUGAAAAUCUUUGUGGACACAGACUCAGACAUCCGGCUCGUCCGGCGGCUCCGCAGGGACAUCACAGAGCGCGGACGGGACAUUGAAGGCGUCAUCAAGCAGUACAACAAGUUUGUGAAGCCGGCCUUUGAGCAGUACAUCGAGCCGACCAUGAGGCUGGCUGAUAUUGUGGUGCCGAGAGGUGGUGGGAACAUGGUGGCCAUUGAUCUGAUAGUGCAGCAUGUUCACAGUCAGCUGGAGGAGCGUGAGCUCAGUGUCAGGGCUCUCCUGGCUUCAGCCCAGCAGACGCAGCCAUUGCCUCAGACGCUCAGCGUGCUGGAGAGUACGCCACAGGUCCGAGGCCUGCACACCAUCAUCAGGAACAAAGAAACCAGCCGAGACGAGUUCAUUUUCUAUUCAAAGAGAUUAAUGCGGCUUCUCAUAGAACAUGCUCUGACAUUUCUGCCAUCUCGGCACUGCGUGGUUCAGACUCCACAGGGUCAUGAGUACGAGGGCCGCAGCUACAACGGUAAAGGGAUCACCGGUGUGUCGAUCCUGCGGGCGGGAGAGACCAUGGAGCCCGCCCUGAGGGCCGUGUGCAAGGAUGUCCGCAUCGGCAAGAUCCUCAUCCAGACCAACCUGGAUUCGGGCGAACCGGAGCUGCAUUACCUGCGUCUGCCCAAAGACAUCAGUGAAGAUCAUGUCAUCCUAAUGGACAGCACAGUCUCCACCGGCGCUGCUGCCAUGAUGGCAGUACGAGUCCUAUUGGAUCAUGAGGUGCAGGAGGAUAGGAUCGUGUUGGUGUCGCUGCUGAUGGCAGAGCUCGGGGUGCACUCUGUGGCCUACGCCUUCCCGAAGGUCAAAAUCAUCACCACUGCUGUGGACAAGAGCCUGGACGAUUUUUUACAUGUAAUUCCUGGUAUCGGGGACUUUGGGGAUCGAUACUUUGGGACGGACGGAUCCGACAGCUGGAGCGACGAGGAGGACCAGGAGCAGCCUUCACACUGACGGAAACAUCUGUGAGCCUCUGUGAAAGAAAAAUCUAACUACUUGAAAACUCUUGUUAUUGUGUGUCCUCCUCUUCAGGCGUAGACUAGCAAAAACUUUGUUGUAUUCACUUUUGUGUACUAGACAUGAAAUUUUGUACUCCAAUGAGUCUGGUUUUAUGCAUGAGGGAAGGUCUGAGUGUUUGCCGUUAAUAUUUUAAUACAGAAGGUCACAGAGGUGAAACAGUGCCAUUACCUUUGAGGUAUAACAAUGCAAUAACAUCAAUAUUUAGGAAGUGGAACAGGUUGCACCAGCUGUUCUGAAAUUCAGGACUUACUUAGUGCUGCUUUUUAAACAGUCAUUUACUUUUUGAGUUUGCAGCAUUAAACCUUGUCCUGACUAAGAGCCGGUGAUGUUCAGCGUGUUAGCAAGCCAAAGUUUUCCUAACUGCUGAAGCUGAUGGAUCGUCUUGAGUUACUGGAUCAUAAACCAAAGACAUUUUAACAGAUUGCUUUAAAAAAAUGAGGCAUUAAACGGUGAUCAAAGCUGCUAAAAUUCAUCCUCAUUGAGACAUUUAAUGUCUGCUUUAGAUCCAUCCAGUAGUUGAUGAGACAUUUCACCUGAAAGCAGCCUCAUGGUGGUGCUAGAUGAAAAAGUCAGAGGAAGUUAUUGUUCACGCUCUGAGCACCGGGGUUGAUUGUACAAAGCUUCACGGUAUUCCACAAUAACUAGAGGUAAUUGUGCUAACAGUGAACUGAGGGGAAAAGUCUGAUGGGGCCAAACUGGAUGUUGACUACCAAUUCUUCUAAACGCAGGUCUGACUUUGCUGCGUUUGUUCAGACACAGAAGGAGAAAUGUGUUUCAGAAUCUUCACACAGUCUAAAACAUGUUAAACCUCACUGCCAUUAUUAUCCCCCGCCUCCACGAAGUGGAAAAGGGGGCUAUAGGUUUGGCCUCCGUCCGUCUGUGCUUCCGUCCGUGCGUCCGAGAUGAAGGGGACAGCUUUUCUCAGAAACUAUUACAGCUAGGAUUAUGAAAUUUAGUGUGUAGCUUCACACCAUGGACACCUUGAUCAGGUUCGAAAAUGAGACCUGUGCGAUAAUAUUUAACAGAGUUAUGGCCCUUUAUCACUGUUUUGGAUAUAGACUCAUAGACAUCACAUGUGGCGGGGGAUAUUGAUGACCAUGUCGUCUUGUUAGAUCUAACAUUAGUCAGUCUUUAGGUCAUUUGAAGGAUCGGUGUUAACAGUUGCAAAUGUGGCUAAGAACCUGAAGUGUUUACAGAUGUUUUAUUACAUACAUAUAUUACAGUAGGUUUUCAUAGAGCCUAAUCAAAACCUAUCAACUGUUUUACACCUAUAUUAGCAAGACAACAAUAGUUCAGCUGGUUUAGUUGGCAGCAGUGACUUAGUGGAUGCAAAUGUUUUGUUUGUGGGAUGCAGCUUGUUUCAAAUUGGAGAUUGGUAAAUCAUACAGUAUAGUUUAGCCUCUCUUAUAAUUAAUAUCAAAGUGAAAUCAAAUAAUUAAGCUUUUUUUUGAAAAAUAGACAGAAUCAUGUUUUUUUACGUCUAGUGAAGACUCUUUUACCAAUUUCUCUAGAAAAUAAACUCCAUACUCUGGGAAAGAACACAAAAUUUGAAUGAAUGCUUUUUUUUUUAAUGUAAAUGUAAAAUAUUGGAAGAAACAUUAACAUGUAGCAGUAGAAAUUAGAAUUACUUUUUAAAUAAUUUUCCCAAAAUAAAGCAUUUAUAGUCACCAUCAUUGCAGAAUUAGGAAUCAGUAGAAACAGUGAAUACUUUAAUCCAGAUAGUUUGAAAAGCUGUCUAAGGUUUUAUGUUGUUUUAAGAUCACUUAAUGUUAAAACAUGAAGGCCACAAACUAAGCAAUUUGAAUUCCUGAACAGCUGGUGCAACUGAUCUCAGAAUAUAAUCCACACAAAUCAUUCACACUUAAUGCUGCUCUAAUAAGACAUUUUUAUAUAUGUAAUGGUGUAAACUUACAUCUACAGUAGAGUAGUUGUCAGAGAUUUUAUAUUAAAGUUGUAUCACAAAGGAGAGUUAUUGUUAUUUUGGAUAGUCAGAAUUUUACACAUUCAGGUCGGGAGUAAAACACCAACAAUGAUGAAAUAAACCUUAAAUUCAGAGGGAUUUUCAUUCAGAUUUCACUCUUCACUGCCACCAGUUGAUAUUUCUGCUGGUAUCUGACAUUGUGUUGGACUGAUCGUGGAGGUCGGAGGUCACGGACGGUCACAUGUGAAUAUUUGAAACGCUGCUCUGACGCUCAGGGUUCACACUCAGGCCGUCUGCCUCCUGUGAUGCACUUUAUGGCCUGUAGGGGUCAGUACAGCUCACGUAAAGCUUCUCCCCAGCGUGAUUUAUAGUGUGUCCCUUUGAGAAAUCUGUUCUUUACAGUGCAGGAGAGCCGCACACUGACUCACCUGAAUCCCAAGUUAGAGCUUUAACAUCAUGAGCGGCUGGAACUGAGCUUCAUGGUUUCACGCACUGAUGUGGUGCUGAACGCAGCGUGGAGAUGCUCACUUGUGCACAUGUACAAUAAUGAUGUUAAUGUCAUUUUCAGGGUUACAAAAUGAGCAGUAAAAAAAACCUCUCUUGCUUUUCCCUC